CCCGGGAUUUCCUGUGGAAGAACUUGUUUAUCCUUCAUAUUUCAACUUUAUAUUAAAGGCAACUUGCAAAUCUAAAAAAACGUAAAGCUUAUAAGCCCAACGGAGUGAUUUUCGUCCCCUUACGCACCCCCUAACUUUCCUGUCUGUGAACCCUUUUGGGGGCGAGGGGGCGCUUCGCUUCGCCGUCUUCAGUUGUUUCUUCAUCCGGGCGCCGAGGCAAGUGUCAAAAACAUUAAUGUGACAGCGGGAGGAAAUACGCCAAAAUGCUCGUCAAGGAAUUUCGAGUCAUCUUGCCACUCACGGUCGAAGAGUAUCAAGUGGCGCAGCUAUAUAGUGUGGCAGAAGCCAGUAAAAAUGAAACGGGUGGAGGAGAAGGUAUUGAAGUCCUAAAAAAUGAGCCCUUCGACAACUAUCCUUUAUUAGGUGGAAAAUAUUGCAAAGGACAAUACACUUACAAAAUAUAUCAUCUUAAAAGCAAAGUGCCAUCCUUUAUCCGGCUUCUAGCACCAGAAGGUUCCUUAGAAGUCCAUGAGGAAGCAUGGAAUGCUUAUCCCUACUGUAAGACUGUCAUAUCGAACCCAGGUUACAUGAAAGAAGCGUUUUACAUCACAAUAGAGACACUCCAUGCUCCUGAUGAUGGAGAACGAGAGAAUAAUCCUGGCUAUAUGAAGAAAAACUUUUUCAUAUGCAUUGAAACUCUACACGCAGGUGACAUGGGAACCAUGGAGAAUGCCCACGAGCUCACAGGGGACAAAUUAAAGCUGCGAGAGAUUGUUACUAUUGACAUUUCGAAUGACCCUGUCAAACCAUCCGACUAUAAAGCGGAUGAAGAUCCUACGAAGUUUAAAUCUGAAAAAACUGGUCGAGGUCCUCUCCAAGGCCCACAGUGGUGGAAAAAGUGUGACCCUGUGAUGACUUGUUAUAAACUUGUAACUUGUGAGUUUAAAUGGUUUGGAUUGCAAAGCCGCAUAGAAAAAUUCAUCCAGGACGUGGAGCGUAGACUAUUCACUAAUUUCCAUAGGCAAGUAUUUUGUUGGAUGGACCGUUGGCACGGCAUGACAAUGGAUGACAUUCGAAGGUUGGAAGACAAAACCAAAGAGGAGCUAGAUCAGCAAAGACAGGUUGGUGAUGUUCGAGGUAUGCGGGGUGAGUAAGUGCUACCAUGCAGCGCAGUACAGUAUUCAGUUUACCAUUCCGGACUGCUCAAGUAUUGAAAUUAUAAAGAACUACCCCUGUGGUUAUUGGAGGACUUCUAAAUUGAAACUUUGUGGUUCAUAAACUGUUUGGAUACCCUAGGAAAUUGAACAAUGCAAAUAUAUUGUAUAUAGAAUUGUCAGUGGCUAUGUGAUAAUGUUGUAAGUUCAUGUCAUGAAAAAUAUUGAUUAUUCAUCAUCCCUAGCAUGAAUGAUCUGUAUAUUCUGUCCAUUUUCUGUUUUCAGUCCUAAUAAAGAUAAUGUAGUUUUGGCAUUGCUAGAUUGUUUGGCAUGUUUUCGUUUUUGCAGCAAAGAUGAAAUUUAGUUUGAGUUGUUUUAGAGGAGGGAGAAUAAAAGCAAGGACUUCCAGAAUACAAUCAGAAAAAUAAUGAUCUUAAGGCCUUCCUUAUUCAUGAGUUUUGAGAUGUAGAUUUAUUUUUGUGACUAGUGUAAAAGUAGUUGUCUCCAUGAGCUUCUGUCUUAAGUCAACCAGUGUUCACCUUUAAUCAUUGUCAGUGUACUGUAUACUGCAAAACCUAGUGUAUUAUCAUAUCUGUUGUUUGAAAGUAAGUGGUUUUGGAGAACUCCUUUAGAAAUACGUAGAUAGUUCCAUGCAUCGAUACUUUAGUAUGCCAUAAGUUGUUGGGUUUUCCAGGAGUAAUAAGUGACCAAAUGAAGUAUGAGAUUAUCACAAAGCCACAUGGAUUUUUUAAUUGCAUAAUGUAAAUAAAUUACACUCCAAAAAACUAUAUUGGAAAUUCAUACAUAGUAACAGUUUCAAGACCUGUAUAUUUUCCAGUCUUAUAAGAUAUUGAAAAUUGAAAAGGAAGAAUACAAUAGUCCAAAUCUUUUGAGUGCUCUCUUCAGUACAGCAAAUCAUUGUUUUUGAUGUACUGUGUAGUAUAUGCAAAAUUAAGUUACUAUAGUUUGAAGAGAGGUGUGGAUCAAUAUUAUUGCAUGCAGUGAUAGGCUUCUUUGGACCAAAUACGGUAGAAUUAAAACAGCAUAGCCUGGACUUGUAUUUAGGCUUACUGUUCAAAUUUAAAAGACAGUUUAUUAGAUGCUAAAAUAAUAGGUAAAGAAAUUAGAACUAUUAUCUGCACACUAUGAACCUUUGAUGGUCAUCUUGAUAGUACAGUAUUCAGAGUAGUAUUGUAAGCCAUGGAAGCCUGCAAGAUGCAGUUAAUUAUUGGGAAAUGUAUAUCAGUCAUAUGUUGCCAUAAGUCAUCUCGUAUUAGUGUAUUUAUAGUCUAGAUAUGACAAUAAGGAGUGAAUGCUAGUCUUACUGAAUUAUAACCUCUAUAUUUUUUUCUUUAUUCUGAACUGUUUAUGAAAACUGAAAAUGCUAAAAGCAUUAUUGUCAUAAAAUGAUUUAUUUAUGAUGUUUUGGAUGUAAAUCCAAGUACAUACUGCCAUGAUUCUAAAUAUUGUAAUGACCAAUGAUCACCUGUAUGAUUGAUGAAUUAGGUAAGUUGCAAGUCUUAAGUUGGCCUGCAAGGAAUGGAAACGUAAAAUGAUGACAUAGGUCAGUACUAAGUACAAUGUUAAAAUAAGGAAAAUGCUUAAUGCAAUGGCUAGUACAAUCUGUGAAGUGAAUUUAGACAUUCCAUUCCAUCCUCUCCUGACCAAUGCAAUUGUAUUCAAAGUUGACGAUUAUUGACAGAUAAGAAUCAAAUUGGAAAGUACAGUAGUUGUUUUAAACAUUGCCAUUGCUUGUUUGCUGAAGUUUUCUUGUUAAACUGAUUUUAAGGUGGUUGUUUACUUGCUAAGAAUGUGGUAUAUGCAGUUGUGCUGUUUGUGUCAUGUGAUAAUUUGAGAUCUGGUGUAUAUUUAAAAAUAGUCAUCGGCAAUUAGCUAUUCUGUGGUGCAUUAAACCAUCAGCUGUUCUUUUACUUUUAGCUUUCUAUUGUUAACGUUAUGUCCGAGGAUUACUCUAUGUGAUAUGAGAAAUUUGCAUGAUUAGUUCUCAUGGAAUUGCAAGAGAUGGGAAAUUGUGUUGUGAACGAGUAAUGUGAUGCACAUAUGCGAUACGUCAUGAUUUAAGGUUAGUCAAUAAUAGACUUAUCAUGAUAGAGAAGAUACUCAGGGCACACGAAGUUAAUGCUCUGCCAGUUGUGUGAUUUUCCAUAAUUUUAAGAAACCAUAGCAGCUUGUUAAGAACAUUCUGGCAGUUUUUGUGAAUUUUAUUUCUUUUACAUAAUUUAAGUAAAAGGUUAAUAAUAGUAGCUUAAUUUAUGAUGUUGGCUAUAUUUUGUUGAAUAACUGUUUGAUAUUUAUUACAUCAUUGAUAAUUUA